ACUACCGUGGUAGUUCCUAAAAUACUGAAGUUAAAUUUAAGUAAUAACUGUUCGGUAAUAAGAGGAAUAUAAAAAUUAAUACAAUUUCAUAAAACAUAUUUAGAGAGAUUAUUAACUUCUAUAUCAAGAUGUCAUUUGCAGGGAAAGUUGUCUUAAUAACUGGAGCUAGUUCUGGCAUUGGAGCAGCAACUGCUUUACAUUUUUCACAACUUGGUGCAUUGUUAUCAUUAACAGGUCGUAAUGUACACAGAUUAAAAGAAAUAGCUGAACAAUGUAAAUCUAAUACACCAUUAAUUAUAACCGGAGAAUUAACUAAUGAAACUGAUGUUCAAAAUAUUGUUAAAUUUACUAUUGAACAUUAUGGAAAACUAGAUAUUUUAAUUAAUAAUGCUGGUGUAUUAGAGAGUGGAAGUAUAGAAAAUACUUCAUUGGAACAAUAUGAUAGAGUUUUUAACAUAAAUGUACGUUCAGUGUAUCAUUUAACAACAUUGGCUGUUCCACACAUAGUGAAAACUAAAGGCAAUAUUGUGAAUGUAUCAAGUGUAGUUGGAUUAAGAUCUUUUCCAGGUGUUUUAUCAUAUUGUAUGAGUAAAUCAGCAAUUGAUCAAUUUACACGAUGUACAGCUCUUGAACUAGCACCAAAACAAGUAAGGGUUAAUGCUGUAAAUCCUGGUGUAAUAGUAACAAAUCUUCAUAAAAGAAGUGGAAUGUCAGAUGAACAAUUAAAAACAUUCUUUGAUCAUAGCAAAGAAACUCAUGCACUUGGAAGAACAGGAGAUGCUAGUGAAGUUGCAAAAGCAAUCGCAUAUUUAGCAAGUGAUGAUGCCAGUUUUAUUACAGGCGUUACUUUAUCAAUUGAUGGAGGAAGACAUAUCAUGUGUCCUCGUUAAACUAUAUUUACUUUCAAUAUCAAAAUAUCUAUUAAAUU